GUGGAUGGCUUUAAAAUUAGAUAUGGAGAAAGCUUACGAUCGGGUUGAAUGGGAAUUUUUGUUUUCUCUGUUACAACGUCUGGGUUUUUGUGCUCAAUGGUUACAAUGGCUUAAAAAAUGUGUCACUACUGUUUCUUUCUCGGUCUUGAUUAAUGGCAGCCCGCACGGUUUCUUUCAUCCGGAACGUGGUAUCCGCCAAGGAGAUCCCCUAUCUCCUCUGCUUUUUGCUCUCUAUACAGAAGGUCAGUGGGCAAAAAGUCAAUCUUCAUAAGUCAUCAGUCACUUUUAGCAGAAAUAUUUCUUCUGAUGAUGCAGCAGCCAUAACCAAUUUGUUGGGAGUAGCGGAAAGCACGUUAGAAGAUCGCUAUUUAGGACUUCCUACUCAUAUUGCUCGGUCCAAACAAGCUACCUUUCAAUUCAUUGAAGAUAAGCUAGUCUCUCGACUUCACCAAUGGAAAUCCAAGGCUCUUUCUCUUGCUGCAAAAGAAAUCCUCCUGAAGUCCGUUGCCAAUGUUUUGCCGAACUAUGCUAUGCUUAGUUUCCGCAUACCAUCAACUUCCUGUAGACGACUUAAUGGUCAUGUGGCGAGGUUCUGGUGGGCUCAACAAGAUCGCGAUGAAGGUAUGAAAUGGGCAUCCUGGCGAUCGCUGUGUCGGCCCAAGAUCCAUGGUGGACUCGGAUUUCGAGACUUCGACGGCAAUAAUAUUGCUCUGCUAGCCAAACAAGCAUGGCGAAUCCUCCAUUCUCCGGAUUGUGCUCUAGCCGUGCUAUAUAAAGCUAAAUAUUUUCCUCAGACUUCAUUUUUGCAGGCUGUUCAAGGAGCUCGGCCAUCCUGGGCCUGGCAAGGCGUUCUACUUGGGCGUGAUCUCUUGCUACAAGGUCUCCGCUGGCUAGUUGGAUCCGGCACACAAAUCCACAUUACUAAUGAUUGCUGGCUCCCCACCACGCCUCCUUCUUGUCCCAAGCUUUUGCCCCAUGCUGUUCUGCCGUCUACACAGGUUUCCUCUCUCAUUGACCACUCGAAUGGAUCUUGGAAAAUGGAAUUACUGCAGUCUCUUUUUGAUGCUGCCACAGUUAAGGUAAUCCUUAUGAUCCCGCUUCCUCAACUCCCUAUGGCUGAUAAAUGUAUAUGGCAUUAUGAACCUUCAGGUGAGUACUCUGUUAAAACUGGUUACCAUGUUGCAGCUUCUGAAUUUGUGCGUAAUCUUUCUACUACUCCUAUUAUCUUUGAUUCUCGGGCUUGGAAAGCUCUUUGGGCCCUCUCUGUUCCUCCUAAAUUACGAUUUUUUCUAUGGCGGCUAAUUAAAGGUUUCUUACCUGUGCGAGAUGUCCUUCGGGAUAAAGAGCUCAUCGAGGAAGAUGAUAGUGAGGGACUUCUAUGUCCUGUUUGUUCU